CUUGAAGCCCGCUGCAGUCGAGCUCCUCGCAGCAUGGAGGCAUCGUCAGAGCCAAGUGUCGCAGCCAAGAAGCUCUGGGACCAGUCAACGGCCGACCAUACCAAACAGGGCUACUGGGGAGCUCCGACUUCUCAUGUGAACUUUUGUGAGCAGGACUAUCAGAUUACAUACUACAUUGCCGAGUUCAUCAACACUGCUACGAGUCUUGCUUACAUUGCAUAUGGCAUCCAUGGUCUACGAAGGCAGAAGCGUCGCGAUGUCGCCCUUUUCUCCACUACAAAUCUAGCAUACUGGGCGCUCAUCGGAGUCGGCAUCUUCUCCAGUCUCUACCACACGACACUCAAGUAUCAGACACAAAUGUCUGACGAAAUGUCCAUGUACGGCGCCAUGGGCAGCUGUCUACUGCAAGUCUUUACAUUCAAGGAAACCCCAUCCAUACAAAGGCGAAACGUGGCCAUAAUUCUGGGCGUCAUUAUUCCAUUCAUCAUCUACCACUGCUUGACGGACGAAUUUAUACUCCACGUUAUCCUAUUCUUCACCCUAUCCAUCACAGUAUCGAGAAGAACGCGACACAUCAUCAAAUCAGAAAUCAAAGAUGAGGAGCAAAAGAACAAGCUGAGAUUUCUGAUCAAGAUCGCUUCCUUCUUCGGCUUUGGCUCUUUCGGAAUCUGGAUCAUCGACAAUCUAUGCUGUCCACUAUUGACGAGCGGGAAGAAAGCGGUCGGGUAUCCUUGGAGCAUCUUGCUGGAGUUCCAUGGAUGGUGGCACAUCGGGACAGCGAUAUCAUCAUAUUCAUUCAUGGCUUUGAUCGAGUUCCUAACCAAC